AUCGGGAUAUCCUGCGUAUAAAAGGCGUUGGUUGUCUUACAGCAAGGCACAAUCACACAGAUCUUCGGUCAGUAAACAAUCCAGCUCCAAUAAUGGCGUUCAAAUUUGUUCUGUUGGCUACUCUAGUAGCUGCCGCUAGCGCCGGUCUGCUCCCAGUUGCUCACCAUGGUUCGAUCGCUACAUCGCACUCCACCAUCCAGCAUCAUGCUGCCCCAGCUGCCCAUUAUGGUGGAUCCAUCCAUGCCGCCCCGGCUAUCUAUCAGCACUCCGCUCCGACCAUCGUGAAGACCAUCGCUCAACCAACGAUCAUCAAGUCUGUAGAACACCAUGCCCCGGCUAACUACGAAUUCUCGUACUCCGUGCACGAUGAGCACACCGGAGACAUCAAGAGCCAGCACGAGACCCGCCACGGAGAUGAAGUGCACGGACAGUACUCGUUGUUGGACUCUGAUGGCCACCAUCGCAUCGUCGACUACCAUGCUGAUCAUCACUCCGGAUUCAACGCCGUUGUGCGUCGUGAACCAUCGGCAGUGAAGAUCGCCCAGCCAGUCCACAAGGUGAUCGCUCAGCCUGUGCAUGUGUCCAGCUAUGCCCAUGCUCCAGUAGCACACGCUACCGUCCAGCACCACCAUGCUGCCCCGAUCGCACACUACUCCGCCCCGAUCGCACAUCAUGUUGCUCCGAUCGCGCACUACUCUGCCCCGAUCGCGCACCAUGCUGCUCCGAUUGCGCACUCCACAUCGAGCAUCGUUCAUGGACAGAACCAUCUGAGCCAUCAUCAUUACUAAGUUCAAAUAGAAUGGUAGUGCUAUCAGUGAAGUGGGAAAUGAGUUAGGAUUAUAAUAAAAAGCAAUUCAUAAAACAAAGUACUUUUCAUCUUCGAGUUCAAUAAUUUGUAUUGACUAUUGGCGG